UUUUCUGAAAAUCAUGACAUUUCUGUUUUGUUAACACAGAAUUGCUGCUAUGGGUAAACCAAAGAAAAAAAUGUCUUCACUGACAAAAAUAAAUUAUAAAAGAAGAUCUAAACGUCCCAAGAAAGUAAAUUCAGUGGACAUUGCUGCUGCUGAUAAUAUACAAAAUGAAGAUUGUGAGACAAAGAAUUUAAAGAAGAAAAGAAAAUUGGGCCAUAAUGCGAUUCACACAGACAUCCUUUAUGAAAACGAUAGCAUUAACGGCAAUAUGUGUAAUGAAGAGAUCCUUGAGAAUAAUAUUCUUCUGCCAGACAAUUCCUCUCUAGAUAGUACCUGUGAAUUUUUUGAUGCAAUUUCCAAUGGUGAUAAUAUUGAAGGAAAGACAGAAGACGAAGAAGUAGGGUACGGAUUAGUGCUCGAAAAUCUGAAAAGCCAAUUGUGUCGUGUUUGUGGAAGAAUACGGACAUCGUUAUUACCUAUCUUUGGAACACAUUUUGAGACUGAAGAUUCAAUUUCUGAAAAGAUUCAGAUGCAUCUGCCUCUAGAGUGUCAUAAUGUUUUUUUUAAAUACUUCCUUCAAAUAUAUAUUUGUCGGUCCUUCUCAAAGAUAGAAGCAGAUGACGGUCUACCUCAUAAAAUAUGCGAGAGUUGCAAUGCCACAUUGCAGGCAUGGCAUGAUCUCCACGUCUCCUGUGUGGCAGCUGAUACUGUGCUUCGUCGGACAUUUAUGGAGGCAGAUGUCAACAAUACCAGUAAAGGCGAACGUGACAACUUGGAGAAUAGAUGGUUUGAUGGAGGAGUAAAAGAGGUUUUGGAAGAAAUGGAGAUGCUCUUUGAAAAUAAGAAAAAGCUAAAUCUGAAACAAAACUUAGGUUCUAUUCUGGAUCAUCCUCAGAAGAACAGCUUUAUUACAGCUGCAAAGGGGGAAAAUGAAGUUCAGAGGCUACUGGAAAAUAAGGAAGAAAAUGCGAAUGAUGCCACAGAUCCAAGUCAAAUGAAGUGGGGUGAUAGCUAUGAAAAUUUUGAAAACUUCAAUAACAAACAGGACAAGAUGCACUGCGAGUACCAACAAGCAAUGUGUGAAUUCUGUGGCAUUUGUGUUAAACAAAAAAAUCUGAGAAAUCAUGUACUAAAAGUUCACACAGAAACAAUGCUAUGUGAAACUUGUGGGAAGUUUUUUAGCUGGUAUAGUUUUAAAACACACUGUGGCGAAUGUGUUCUAGAUCCUAUUAGGUACUGUGAGCUUUGCUCUCGAGUAUUUCUUACAGAAAAGGGGUAUGAGAUUCACAUGCAAGAGCAUGAACAAGGCAUAAAUCAGUUUCUAAGAGUGAAGAUUAAAGCAUCCAUUCAGGAUGAGUUGUCAGUGGUGUAUUAUUGCCCUGUAUGUGGCACUAGCUAUCAAGACAAAAUUUCUGUUAUUGUGCAUUUAAAUGCAAAAAAAAUUAUGACCUGCAGACCUUGCAAUAAAGUAUUUAGUAAUGAGAGAGCUUUCUUGGCUCACAUUCACAUGCCUAACCAAGCAUUUUGGCAUUGUCGUUACUGCUUUCAAAUAUUUAAAAGAAAAUACAGCUGGCAAAUUCAUGAACGAGCUCAUAGUCACCAAAAUAGAUCGUAUUGUUGUGAAAUGUGUAGAAAACAGUGUCCUUCAAUAGAGAGUCUGCUGCAGCAUAUUUUAUGCCAUGGAUCCAACAAUUAUUUUUGUGCACAAUGUAACAUGAAAUUUAAUAGGCAAUCAUCUCUGAAAGCACAUGUUCUGCAGCAUGAGGGUUUUAUAUUCAAAUGCAAAUCAUGUACGCAACAAUUUCAAUCAUCACGCAGCUUGCGAUUGCAUAAGGCUAAAGAACAUGGAAAGGGGAUUUUGCUCCAGAAACAAAAGGUCGGAUAAUACCUUUCAUUAAGAAAGCUGUCACAAUUAAAAUCUGGAUUGAAUAUAGUUUGUUUUGAGUUUUAAUUAGUUUUCUGAGAGAAUGGGAAACCAUACAUAUUCAUUACAAAAGUUGAUUUUUAUUACCUGAAGAAUACAACCAUUUAGUCUAUAUGAAGACAGAAGAUUUUUGUUCCAGAGAAAUUGAAAUUUGUCAAGAAUACUGAAAAAGUCACUAGUUCCAGAGAUGUUUGAUUUUUCACACGACAAGUAUUCAAAAGAGAAUCUAAAUUUGAAUGCCUAUGUAUUCUCUAUCACAAAUGAAACAAAUUUGCAUAUAUAUUAAUAAUUUUAUGUAUUUAAUUUGCACUAUUGUUCAUGGAUUUUUGUAAGAGUUAAAUUGAAUUCAAUGUUUAGUCAAUUUUUCAUCACAUGGAAAUUUAAUAGUUGUUCUUCCACUUGUAUGUUCAUAAUGGAAUAUGAAUGAUAAUUUACUACUUAUGAUGUUAUAAUUAUAUCUUUCUAUUGAUUGUUUGCUCUUCAUUAUAAAGGCUAAUUAAUAUUUAUUAUUUGGAAUUAAUAUUUUCUCCUUUCAGAGAGUAUACAAAACAAUAUUGGUUAAGUCCUGUUUGACCAGUCAUGUCAAGAUUGACAUGAUUUUAAUGCUUAUUACAUUGAAUAAGAUUACUUAAAAUGAAUUUUAAUCAAGCAGUACAGUUGCUCAGAGAUGUUCCUACAGAACAUAUGCUAACUAUAAAUUGAAACAUAUUACUGUAUAUAUUUUUAUGUUGUUAUACUCAAAAUGUACUUCUACUUAAUGGUCAUACAGAGAUAUAAAAACCAAAAUGUAGGUCCUCUUUGCAGAAUUGUUUUUGCAAAAGAUUUCAUGAAAAAAAAUUGAUCAGAGCUUUGGCUCAAAUUUGAAAUUAUAAGGGCAGCAUCAAUGGCCUUCGCAAUUUCUGACAGAUCUUCCUCCCAAAGGCAAUGCCAGUAAUUCCAAUAGAAAAAAGGAGAAUAGUUGCCAAGGUUAAAGUUUAAUCAAAACGUCAUUAAAAAAAUACUCAACAUUAAAUAUUUUUUGUAAUACAAUUUAUAAAAAUUAUAUUCAAUAUUAUGAGUAAAGUAAUUAUAUAAAAAUGUGCAAUUUGUUUUGGUAUGAGAGAACUACAUUUACUCAUCUUUAAAGUGAUAAAAUGAAAUAUAACUUUAUUUCUCUUUAAAUAUAUUAAUGAAUGCA